GUUAAAGUUGCCUAAAGAACACUCACCUAGAAUAUAGACAACAUACGUACAUUCUUUAAUAUCAAAAAUGUCUAAAAUAAAGAAAUUCUUUUCGAAGAAGAAAGAAGAAGCUGCCUUUAAACUAAAGUUAGGUGGAGGUUUAGGACAGGGGCACACACUAAGUGCACAAAAUACCGAGGCUUCUACCUCAAAUCGCAGACCUAUAGCCGAUGCUUACGUUCCACCUAAACGCAAAGAAUUAAGCAAUGAAGUUAGAGCUGCAGCAGCAGCAGCUCUGGCUAGAGUAGAAAACAAGGGUUCGAAGGAAUUUAAUACGUCGUUGGCAGCUAUUAAAGCUCAAGCAAAAAGAGAACUUGAAGCUGAACGAAAACUUAAGGAAGAAGUUCCGACACCGGAGCCAAACGUUGAAAAUAAUCCUAAUUCAAAUUUAGCUUGCCAAGGAGUUUUCUUUCGCUGUCCUAUCAUAAGUGAUGAAAUUUUGUCAAAGAAGGAAUGGAAAGUUAAAAUUAAGGAUUUUUUGUAUCAGCAACUUGAUGCCGAAAAAGCGUUAACAUCAUGUUUGAUAAUCUACAAUUGCAAUAGCAAGGAAAAGGCAGAAGAUUGCAUUCUAACUUUAACAAAAUACUUGGAGAAUAUAGUAAAGUUUCCAGAAGAUGAGAAAUACUACAAAAUCAGAAUGUCAAAUCGCAUAUUUUGUGAAAAAGUUCGGUAUGUUGAAGGCGCUUUAGACUUUCUUCAGGCUGCAGGAUUUCGCGAAGUGGAUUUGGAUGAUGAGAAGUUUCUAAUAUGGUCGAAAGAUAAUGUGGAACAAGACUACGAAUUAACAACACUAAUAGAAGCUUUACAAAAUUCUGAACCAAUUCAAUUGGUAUUAGAUCGUAACAUAAAAGUGUUGUUGCCUUCUCAGGCUAAACGUGUCGUUUUGCCUGAUGAUUUCUACCGUAUUUCACCUGAAGAGAUUAAACGAGAACAACAAUUGAGAGCUGAAGCAAUUGAAAGUGCUCAAAUUCUUAAAACAAAAGCUAUGCGAGAACGCGAAGAACAGCGAGCCUUGAGAAUGUAUAAAUAUGCUUUAGUGAGAGUAAAAUUUCCCAAUGGGCUGUAUAUACAAGGCACUUUCAGUGUUUAUGAAAAAAUAUGUGAUAUUUUUGAAUUCGUCCAAUCGUGUCUUCAAGAUGAAACAAUGGAAUUUAGUUUGGUUGCAUCGAGUGAAGGAAAAUUUACGGACGAGGAUAUGGAUAAAACUUUAUAUGAUUUAAGACUUGUUCCAAAUAUUGUAUUGCUUUUCAACGUAUCUAAUGAGACAACAUGCUCGGGCCAGGAUACAAACUUUUUAAAAGAAGAAUUGUUGCUUUUGGUUCAAUCUAUUUAGGACUAAAAUGACUUAAGAGCACCUUAAUGUUGCAUAUGCAUACAUAUGUAUGUACAUUAGAUUUUGCUCAGCUGGGUCUUAUUUUGUUUAUUAGUAUCUAAAACUUACUGGUGUAAAAUUUUGAAAAGUGUAAAAUUGGUUAAAAAUAGGACUUCAAAAAUCAUGACAUCUAAUUCAUAAAAGAUAAAAUCUUAUCUUUUAGGGAAAAUUGUUCUAACAAUAACAAGGUUAGUGACAAUUUCCCACGCUACAUUUUCGAAAAAACAUGAAUUUUUGAAUUGUUUUCUAUUUACAGAAAAAAUAUACACAAAAAUUUUAAUAAAAAAAAAUCGUUUUUAAUUAAUGUGUGAUUUUCUCUAGAAGUUAAGAAUUCAUUUAAAUAUUAAACAAAUAUAAUUUAAAUGGCAUUAUUUUUUUAAGAAAUUAAAAAAAGUCCUAUUAUUUACUCAAUUUAACAAUUUUCGUUAUGCUAUUUAACUAAAAAUUUACACAAGUAAGUUUUAGAAAAUAAUAAACAAAAUAAAACCCACCCAGUAAAAUGGAUAUUUUAGGACACCUCUAUUGUACAUACUAACAUAUGUACAUGUACAUAUGGGCUAAACUGUAAACACGUAACUCUAAAACAUGCAUAAAUAUGUUCUUUGAUCCUUUAUAUUACAUGAAUAUUAUAUAAAUUAAAAUAAAAAUAACUUAAUGAAUGAUGUUACUGCAUUGGUCCAA